AUGGCAUCCAAUAUUCUACAGCUCCCGUUCCGACGUUCCCACACCGUGUCGCUGUCGGAUGCGAUUACACAGUACAUAUCCUCCAAAUAUGACCAGCGUCCAGACAUGUUCGCGGACGAUCUGAUGAUCAUCGACCGUCUCCGCACAGAGGCUGUAAAUGUCCAGGAACCGCACGUCAGUGGGAUCAGUCGACUGGUCACGUACGCGGGGCAGCUGAAAUGGCUAGGAGGAAAGUUUCCGAUCGAUGUGGGGGUUGACUUUGCGUGGUAUCCGGCUUUGGGGUUCAAUUCUACCCGACCUGUGUCGCAGAAUAACUUGCGGUUCGAACUGGCGAAUAUCCUUUUUAACCUUGCAGCUCUUUACUCCCAACUUGCAUAUGCAUUGAAUCGAACUACGGCGGAUGGACUCAAGCAGGCUUGCAACUACUCCUGCCAAGCGGCUGGUGUACUGAACCAUCUCCGGACCGAUAUUAUUCCCGACCUGCGUUCAUCACCACCAGAAGAUAUGGAUGAGAUGACUUUGCAGAGUCUGGAGCUGCUUCUACUUGCACAGGGACAAGAGUGCUUUUGGCAGAAGGCAGUGAAGGACGGACUAAAGGAUGCCUCGAUCGCACGCCUUGCUGCGAAAGUCUCCGAUUUCUACGGGGAUACGGGGGAUUUGGCUGUCAAGUCUAACGCGAUAAGCACGGAAUGGAUCCACCAUAUGAAUGCGAAGCACCACCACUUCGCAGCUGCAGCCCAGUAUCGGCAGUCAUUGGACUGCUUGGAAAAGCGGAAAUAUGGCGAAGAGGUGGCAAGGUUACGCGACAGCCUGAACUGCGUCAAUGAAGGCCUCAAGGAGUCACGAUGGAUCAACCGGGUAGUCCUAGGUGAUCUGAAUGGGCUCAAGGGCCGUGUUGCAGAUGACUUGAAGCGCGCCGAGAAGGACAACGAUGUGAUUUACCUCAGUCCUAUCCCGCCCAAGUCCGAGCUUAAGAGUAUUGAUCGCGCAAGCAUGGUUGCCUCCAAAGCACCUUCCCAAGUUACUGAUGCCAUCUCCAUGCUCGGUGACAAUGGGCCAUUGGGACAACCGCUAUUUGCAAAGUUGGUUCCGUAUGCCGUGCACAUUGCGGCUAGCAUCUAUUCGGAUCGUCGAGACCGAUUGGUCAAUGAAUCGCUCAUUGGAGAGUUGGAGUCGAUGACGGAUAAGCUACGAGACCUGCUUUCAUCGCUGAAUUUGCCUGGAUCCCUGCAAGCGCUCGAGAAGCCUCUCGGUCUCCCACCAACCCUGGUUUCCCAUGCCGAGGAGAUGCGUCAACAAGAUGCUCUGAAUCGUCUUCGGCGGUCUGUCGAAGACACUGCAACUGUCAAAUUCAAUGACCGAUCUGUAUACAACGAAGGUGUCGAACUCCUCGCUGCUGAGAAAGCCGAGGACAAUGCUGCCCGUCGCAAAUACGGGACCGAACGAUGGAAUCGCGCGACAUCCGAGGCUGCUGCUCCAAAGGUCUAUAAUUCCUCCACCGAGAUCAAUGGCUACUUUACGUCUGCACGGAGCAGUGACGAUCUGGUUGAGCGAAAGCUUCGAGAUUCGGAGUCUGUAUUCCGCGUCUUGACGGGCUCAAACCGCGACCUCGAGUCCUAUGUCCCGAGCAGCCGCAGGGCAAACAUACCCCCGGAGGUGGAGCGGGAAAUCAUCAAGCUACGCAGCUGUCUUAGUGAGGUCAAUCGGAUGGAAAACCGGCGACGGCGGCGAAUUCAGACGUGGAAGGACAAGGCUCGUGCCGAUGACAUUCACCCUGCUCUGCUCAAAGCGACCGCACGGCUCGAGCGAGAAUUUCCCAUGCAGGCCAUCCAAGCCAGCCAAUUCGAAGAUCUAUUCGAGGAACAACUGCGACUGUACGAUGUCGACCGCGACAUGCUGGCCCAGGAGCGCAGAGACCAGGAGCAGCUCUCGGAUGAGGUUCGCGAGGCAAACCGUGCCUUCACACGGGCACACACCGGGGAUGCAUCAACUAAGGAACGAGAGACGGCACUUCAGGAUCUGGAGAAUGGAUACCUGAAAUACAAGGAGAUUAUUUCUAACCUGGAGGUUGGACGCAAGUUCUAUAAUGACCUAGCCAAGAUCGUUGGCCGUUUCCGCGAUGAUGCAAAGGCGUUUGUGCAUCAGCGACGGAUGGAAGCCAGCCAGUUGGAAGCGGACAUUUCGAACGUCACCGCUAUGUCGUCACUGCACCUUACCCAGCCUCAUCUUCGCCAACCCUCUUACCAGCCCCCGCGGGCGCAUCAGUCUCCAUCCGCGUUCGCAGCGGCAACAGCCCCGCCAUCGCAGCCCCCGUCGCAGCCUCCACCGCCAGUUCAGGCCCAUCGACCAUCAGAUACGGCGACUCCUCUUACCGCGCCCCAGCCAAUGCGAGCAGCGGUCGCACUCCCGUCGGUCCCCACCCCCGGCAUCUGGAGUCCAGAGAUGGGCAUCCGGUUUGGAUCAGCCGGGGCACCCCCAGGCGCGACGGCGCCUGCAGGAACAGCUCCAGGUGGCCAGCCCGGUCGUGCACAGACGGGUCCCUGGGACCCUAACCAGGGUAUUCGGUUCGCAUGA